AUGACCAACGAUAUCGUUUGGAAAAGGCCCUUGGGCGAUAACGAAAACUUCUUUCGCUGCAGAAAUGCCGUCGGCUUCUACCAGAACUUUGCCGCCGUGAGCACUUUUUCAUUGGACUUAUCGAAGCAAGAUCGUCUUGUGUAUUGCGCAUUAAGGAAGCUGAUUUUGGAUUAUCAUAUUCUUGCCUGCAACGUUUUCAGGGACGAGACGACUCGUAAGUCUGAGCUUAGACCAAUUAAGCGUGCUACUUUUGGUGAUGUGUACUGGAAAGAGGCUCCUCCUACUGGAAAAGAAUGGUACGAGCAGUUCAUCCAUCGCUUGUGCUGCGAUAAACUAUUCAAUCUUUACGAAGAGCUGCCGCUCUUUUGCGUGAUUUUAGCAGGCGAACGCACUGUUGGUGCUUCUUUUGAACAUACUCCUGCUGAUGGUGUGGUUGCGCCACAAUUCCUUGCUAUCUUCCUUGACAAUUUGGGCUACUGUGAGGAUCCAGCCAACCAGAGCGAGUAUGAACUGCUUUACGGCGUUGCUCCGGCUGAAAUCAGCCCAGAAACGGUCAUUUUCGAUGCUGAUGUGGAUAUGCAAUACGUAAGACACUCGUUGCCUCCUCCAGUCGAGAUGAUCAUGGACGCAAAACAUUUAGACUAUACCUACGGCGAUUCCGAUCACUACUCAACCAAGGCACCUGAACACUACCCACAGAAAUGGCCUGGACGUUUCCCAGCUACAAUGGACGCCAAGAAGGUGAUGAAACUUGUGCAUGUGGGACCCGAGAACUUCCGCAAGUUGUUAGCCACUUGUAAGAAGAAUGGCGUCACUUUCACUGCUUACCUUGCAUGCAUUCAAGCAUUGAGUUUCAACCCUGUUUACGGUGACAAGCACCAUACUUCUGCAAUGAUUGCAGUGACGCUCCGGCGGUUCCUUACAGCAGAUGCUGUGGAUGAACCUUACAGGCAAAUCGUAACCAAGGAGAACUACAAGAUGCUUGGUAACUUUGCACAUAUGGGACUUGCCAAUUUGUUUGAGCCUGUUAAGGAAUUCUCCUGGGAGCUUGUCAGGAAAGUGAGCAAUGAAUUACAACAGACCGUAAAAAACACGAGAUUGUUGAACACGCAGAAGGCCUUUUCUGACGCUGCAGACGAGUAUGACGAGAACGAGGUUCUCUUUUCCAGUGUUCUCGGUGCCAACAAAGCCGAUGCUAUUAAGAUCUCGAACGUCGGCGCAUACAACUUCCCUGUUUACAAAUCCAACAAUGAAGAAUUGACCAUUGACGAUAUCAUGUUCUCGCAGGACAUGGCUCCUGGCGCGUCCGAGUUUGUUCUCAACGUUGUGUCGUGCCCAAGAGGCGGACUCAACAUCGUUUUGACAUACUUUGAUGGGGACGAGAACUUGGAGAGUCUCCAUGGAGAUCUCGAGCACAAUCUCCAAAAAUACGUCGACGCGAUCUAA